AUGUUCUCUGCUAUUGCCAAGGACACUUGGACUAAAGAUUGGGACAGUUUACAGCUUGAUCAACUUGUCUGCAGCUGGCGAGAUCACAGCGCCAUGAAGGGCUAUCUCAUCUUCGCUCUCAUGAGUGUAGCCGGAGCCCUUCUGUCCAAAUUUCCCCAAAAUCCUAAAGAUGACUUGGAAUUAGAAGAAGAUUUUAAUAUUCCUUAUAUGGCCUAUCUGCAGUCCAGCCCAGAACCCUGCGUGGGGUCUCUCAUUCACCCCGACUGGGUGCUGACGGCCGCUCACUGCCCGCUGCCUGUUAAAAUCCGACUGAGAGUUUAUCAACCCAGUGCCAAAAAUAAGAAGGAGCAGAUACGAAAUUACUCAUUGACUGUGCCCCACCCUGACUUUGAUGCACAAACUCUGGAAAAUGACCUGAUGAUGAUCAAACUGUCCAAGCCUGCUCCAGUCAACAAACAUGUGGGAACUAUAGCCAUAGCCUUGGAACCCAUAGUGUUCAAUGAGUCCUGCUUUAUCCCAACCUGGACCUGGAAUGAAUAUAAAAACCUCAGUGACCCUGACAUCCUGACAUGGAUAAACCAAUACUCUCUUCCCUUUCACGACUGCCAGGAUAGACUCCAGCAAGGACUGGCACAGACCAUCAUGUGUGUGGGACAACCUCUAAGCACCAUGUCUAAACAUAAGGAAGUUUCAGCUGCUCCAGCCAUCUGCGGUGGCAGGUUACAUGGAAUCUUGUCCUGGGCAAAAGGAAGUGUCACCUUGGGAAGUGAAGGAUUCUUCACAAGUGUUCACAACUAUGGAAGAUGGAUCCUACAAAUCAUGAACACCCACUGA